AAAAAUAUCGCCCAAAUAAUCAUAUUUUCCUCAUUACACCUUAGAAAAUGUGUACAAUUCUCCAAGUUAUAUUCGCUUUCCUGUUUCCGCCAAUUUCCGUACUUCUGACGUCUGGUUGUGGGCUCCAUUUGCUGCUCAGCAUACUUCUCACAUGUCUCUUUGUUAUUCCAGGAAUAAUUCACGCAUUGUACCUUGUUUGUUGUCAUAAACAUUGAUUUUUAGAAA